AUGGAUGAGGUGGAGUGGACACGAAAACUACCCAGACAUGAGGACCUAAGGGUUGGGCUCAUCAGCUGGGCGGGAGCCUACCUCACUUCUGAGCCAUGUAAAAAUACAGUCACUGCUACUGCAAAGGGUUUGGGCCACAGACAGACCUGGGAGGUCUUGUUGAGCAACAAACAUGAUACACAAGCUGUGGUACGACUUCGGAGUUUGCAGGGCCUCUACCUUCUCUGUGAGGCAAAUUGCUCUCUGUGCUACGGCCAGCCAAGGGGCAGUCACCACGGAUGCUUCCUACUCUGUUUCCAUUGCAAUGGCAAGUGGACCCUCCAGUGCUUAAUCGGUGGUUGUUAUAUGGAGUCUGAUGGCGAGGAUGUGUUCUGCAACUCCCGGGUCCUCUCAGCUUACCACAUGUGGACUCCCCGGCCAGCCCUGCAUGUCCAUGUGAUCCUCUACAGUCCCCUCAACCACUGCUAUGCCCGGGCCGACCCCACCAAGGGCCGUGUCUGGGUGGAUGCACCAGUUCCCUGCCUGGAGGAAUGUGACUUUCUGUUGCAUUUCUGAGAUGGUUGCUACCACCUGGAGACCUCUACACACUACUUCUUAUCCCACUUAGACCAGCUGGUCUCCCAACCCUCAGCACAGACCGCUUUUCACAUGCAAGUGCAGCCUGGAGGGCUCGUGGCCCUGAGCGAUGGAGAAGGAAGCAUGUUAUAUCCUCAGGGUGCAUGCCUGCUCCUGGGCUUGGGCUCCAGUCCUCACAGGGGCGAGGAGUGGUUCAUCCUACAACACUGCCUGACCUGGGUCAGCCUCAGGUCAAAGACUCGGAAGUUCCUCUCUAUCAUCUAUGAUGAGCUGUGUGCUGCUUCUGAGCACUUAACCCCAAUGUUCUUGUUCCAGUUUGAAUAUGAUAGCAAGAGCUCCAUCUUGCAGCUUCGUUCAUCCAACGGUUGCUACCUAGCCCAGCGGCACCAUAGGACAGUAAUGGCUGAUGGGCACCAGCUGGAGUCUGACACCUUCUUUUGUAUGCACUGGAAUUGUGGCAGAAUCAUCCUGCAGUCGCCCAAUGGACGUUUCUUGGGCAUCAUAGCCAAUGGCCUGCUGAUGGCCAAUGCCAGCAUUCCAGGCCCAAAUGAGGAAUUUGGAAUUCAGUUAGCCAACCGUCCUUUCCUCUCAUUGAGAGGUCAGUACAGGUACGUGGGCACCUCUGCAGAACACGACCUCAUGCAGUGCAAUAUGGAUCAGCCCCACUGUAUUCACCUGUUGCCCUGUCACCAGGGCAUCUACCACUUCCAGGCACAGGGUGGAUCCUUCUGGUCAAUAACAUCCUUUGGCACCUUUCGCCCUUGGGGGAAGUUCGCCCUCAACUUCUGUAUAGAGCUUCGGGGGAGCAACUUGCUCACAGUACUGGCACCCAAUGGCUUCUACAUGGAUCCGACUGAAGUGGCACUCUUGGCAGACAGCGAAGACAUUACCAAGGAAUGUAUUUGGGAAUUUUAG